AAACGAAGAGCACGUGCGGCGCGGUGCGCUUCGUUUGCUCCGGUUGCUUCCCCGCGUCGCCAUUGCCGCCGCCGCCUCCUCCUCCUCCUCCUGGCUGGACGUCCUUCCUCUCUUCCUAAUGCGUGCAAGCCAUCCACGCCCACCACCACCGCCCUUCUCUCUUCUCGCCUCACUCCCCGCACUCAGCCGGCUACAAAGAUCGCUCGCAACUCGGUUUCUUGAUCUUUGCUCUGUUAAUUCUCGUAUCACGAGAUGGGGAAUCGGUACAGCGCUUUGAGGCCGCGGCGGCUCGUGUCGAGCCGGAGGUCGGAGGCGGCGGCGGCGAUGGGGGAGGAGGAGGAGGAGCCGGGGUCGUACGAGGCGGCGUGCAGCGGCGACCCGGAGCUGCGGACGUUCGACACGGAGCUGCGGCGGCGGGCGAGCCACGCCAUCACGGCGGUGGCGUCCGGGGUGGAGGUGCGUUCGAUGUCGCUGGGAUCCCUCCGGGAGGUCACCGGCUGCCUGGUCGACAUGAACCAGGAGGUGGUCCGCGUCUUGCUCGACUGCAAGCGCGACGUGUGGCGGAGCCCCGACCUGUUCGACCUCGUCGAGGACUACUUCGAGGUCAGCCUCGACACGCUCGACUUCCUCGCCGCCCUCGACAACUCACUCCACCGCGCCCGCGACUCCCAGCUCAUCCUCCACCUCGCGCUCCAGCGCCACCGCAACGCCGCGCCGGCGCCGGAGCUGUACGCGAGCACGCUCGCCGAGCUGCGCCAGUUCAAGGCCGCCGGGGAUCCCUUCACGGACGAGUUCUUCGCCGCGUUCCAGACCGUGUACCGGCAGCAGACGGCCAUGGUGGCCAAGCUCCAGCAGCGGAAGCGCCGCCUGGACCGCAGCCUCCGGUCCGUCCGCGUGUGGCGCCGCGUGUCCAGCAUCGUCUUCCUCACCACCUUCGCCGCGCUGCUCGUCUGCUCUGUCGUCGCCGCGGCCAUCGCCGCGCCGCCCGUCGCGGCGGCCCUCGCCGCCGCGGCCUCCAUGCCGGUGGGCUCCGCCGGCAAGUGGAUGGACUCGCUACUAAAGAAGUACCAGGACGCGCUCCAGGGACACAAGGAGGUGGUGAGCGCAAUGCAGGUGGGCACCUUCAUCGCCAUCAAGGAUCUCGACAGCAUCAGGGCGGUCGUCGACCACCUGGAGGUUCAGAUCAGCUCCAUGGUCGACUGCGUGGAGUUCGCGGAGCGCGACGAGGAGACGGCGAAAUUCGUGAUCGAGGAGGUGAAGAAGAAGCUGGAAGUGUUCAUGAAGAGCGUGGAUGAACUGGGCGAGCAGGCAGACCGGUGUAGCCGCGACAUCCGCAAAGCGAGGACCGUCGUGCUGCAAAGGAUCAUCCACCAUCCUAGCAAUUGACCCUUAGGGGAGCAUGAUUCAAGAUUGCAAGGUAUUGUUCAUGGGGCGGGGCUGACUCCGGUGUAUUUUGCUGAUAGCAGAAUUUAAUUCAUACCGUUGAUCAUUUUUAUCGGACGGUUGUGUCGUAGAAAUGUGAAUGGGUAAUAUUGUCCUUUUUGUUGUGAUCUUUGUUGCAAAAAGAAAACAAAAUUACAAAAUAUCGCUAAUCAAGUAUUUAACAAAGUACAAAAAUUACCAUUUUUCUUCUGGCACCAGUAAAAUGUAUCGGAGAGUUGUCCAUUGUUUAUUGUUGUGGUGUGAUUUAUGUUUAUGUUGUUAAGUUGUGAUAUGAUCAUAU